CGAGCAUCUCUCUUGCCGUUCAGUUUAGUAACAAACCAAGCGUAUUUUCUUCUAUUUUCAUAUCCUCUGGGCUUCGGUUCGCUUGUAACUACAGCACUUUGCCGAUCUUGAUCAGACUCUGCUCUCCGGCAAACUUGGGGCACAGAAGCUAGCAACUCCCACACGAAGAGUCGAAGAUGCAGAUUGAUUCCUGCCUCACAUGUUGGUGAGAUGAUUACAAUCUAGUAGAACAGAUCACACGUCUUUUUUCCGGCCAGGAAAAGUAUUUAAUGGUUGGCUGGAGAUAGUUGCUAAUAAAGCUAGAUGGCGCAUGGUCAAGAGUCUGUUCCUUCCAAUGAACUAUCGAUUUGUCAGUUAGCUGAGCGGCAUCUAUAUGAGCCUAAUACUAGUGAAGAGGUCAACCCAGUGAUCAGACAGCAGGUGCUCACACAUGCGGAUUUGACGCGCCAUCCUCGUGGUUGGAAUGUGGGGUCUACUCUUAGUGACUAUUCUUUUCAUCCACUAGCACCUUAUCCUAAACCCGAUCAUGAAGCCUACACCCUAGGGACCAGGAUGGUAGCAAAAGGUCUAGGUUGGGAUGGUCACACAGUCGAGUAUGUUCCGCAUCCUAAAGGCUAUGUUGAGUGGGGCAUCUCUAUAUUGAAUAACCACUCGUUUUGUUUAAAAGGAGAAGCGGAGAACACCGAUUACAUAUAUGGGGCCAUUUAUUGCUCCCUCGGUGAAUAUGAAGUUUCGGAUUCGCUACUGAGGUCACUACUGGAAAGAUGGGAUCCAGAAACAAAUACUUUUCUUUUUUCAUCUGGUGAACGUACCGUGACUCUGCUUGACAAGCUUCUAAUGUCGGGUCUUCCUUCAGUUGGAGAUCCAUACGAGGAAUAUGUUCCCUCUAUAGAUGACCUAGAACCUUCAAAGCUUAUGUUCCCAAAUUUCUUAUCUCGCCUUUUAGAAGAAUUCUAUCGGCUCAGUCGCGAAAAUGGAAGUGUGACUUUUCAAGUUUGGUGUGACCAUUUCCAUAACAAACGCGAACGCACUUCAUCUUUCACCUCCCUUCGGGAACAACACAUAUACGUUGCGGCUUUUAUAGCCCACUGGCUUUGCUCUUACGUGGUUGUUGGUGGGAGGCCUUAUAUUCGUCCUGGUGUCCUUCUUAUGGCCUCUUGGAUCGUUGCGGGUCGCAAGAUCUCUUUGGCCCCCUAAGCACUUUGUUCAUUGUAUUAUUCUCUUCGAAGGAUCAGUAUGCACCCUGUUGCUCCCUCCUAUGAGAAAAGAAUUUGGCCAGUGCAUUAUAUCUCGGGGUGGAUGGGUCUUUAUCUGAGAAAACCAUUUAAGGACAAAGUGAAAGGGAAACAUCUUCCAGAUGUUAAGCAACUGCCGAUGCGUCCAACCAUGGUUAAAACUAUGUUUUGGGUUCCCAUAACUUUCAGUCCUGCUAAGGCACGCAUUUUCCUUGAUGACCGAGCCAAUAUUUUUUGGAAUCCUUAUACUCCAAAGAACUUAGUCGGGGUGGAUCAGUUGCAAAGGUCCUUCACCAUUUCUUCACAUUGGGGUAUGCUUCCAUGGAUGCGUGCUACUGAUGUUGAUGAUCUUUGCAUAGCGGAGCUAUAUCAUCCUGAUCGAGUUGCACGACAACUUACUUUGAGACAACAAGUGCCCUAUGCUUCGUUGGUCAGCGUGUACACAAAGGAGGAUACUAGCGUUGCAUAUGCGUAUUGGUCGCAUUUGUUGGGCUUGGACCAAGGAGAGUUCCAGUACCUUCUUAAUGAUGUGCAUGAGGCAUUUUCUUCUGUGGCCUGGAACAACUGGUGGGUGGGAUUUAUGAAACCAUUAACAGCAUAUUCAAUACUCUUCGUCCGGGCAUCUUGAAUGGUCCGAAUUAUAAUCCGCGGAAACGUAAUUUUCUGAAACGCGGAGAGGAGUACAUAGUUCCUCGCAAGCUUUUAGAGAAUGAUUUUGUUGUUAUAAAGGAAGUCUCUGCCAGGGGUAAGGAGGAACAUAUUACAACCAUCAAAUUGAAUGGAAAGAGAAUUAUGGACCACUGGCGUCCCAUUUUGUGUGGCUUUCUCUCAAAUGGUGAACCUUUAAUCAACUCUAAAAAGGUAAGAUAUAUACAUGUAUAUAUAUUUGGUACUACCGUAGUUCAUUUGCUCCUUUCUUUGUCUCAUUUUUCCUAUAUCUCCUCUUAAUAGAAGAAGCGAAAGGUUAAGGAUGUUGUCGCUACUCAACCCAUGAAAUCUAAAGAAAUGAGUUAAUGGUCUGCGUACAACUUGUUCAUUUCUUUGUUGUACUAAUCAGUACUAAUAAUAUCAUCCUUUUAUAUAUGUGGCUGCAGCAAAGUGGCGUACCAAAGUCUGUUGUUGCAGUUGGUUCUUCCUCUGCUCAUCCAUUGCUAGUGGGUAGUGAUGAUCUUCCGAAAACUGCCCCGGCCACCGGCGGACAGAAGCGUAGAAAUUUAUCGCCCACUCAUGCUGACGAGGAAGAGAGGCUCCCCCUCAAACGCAAACUUGAUUUUUCCCUAAAAUAUGAUUUUUCUGAACCAAUAACCUUGGACGGUCCGUCAUUAGAUGUUGAACUCAGUAACCUUGUUAAUGAUGAAGAUUUUGGCCAUGUUCUCACAGGAGAAAAGGACCAUGGCCUUGGUGACCUUUUCGAUUUAUCCGUCGAGGAUUAUACCAUUGGCGAGUGUGGCACAAGUCGUCUACCUUCCAGCCCGGGUGUGACAGAAGAUGUGCCCCAUACCCCUAGUGCUCUUGAUUUCUUGUCAACUUUACCUGGUUGUGACCAAGAAAUUCGCCACUCACUAGACCUUGAGGUGAUGGUUGUAUCAGGGAAAGGCGCACAGAUGGACUACAGUUUCAUCAAGGACACGUUUAUGGAUGCUACGGAUUUCGUAGUGAAACGAGCCCUCGAAGGACUGAAUGACUUUACCCUUGGUGAUCCCGAGCGACGCAUCAUGCUUGAGAGUGUUUCUCAGACGCUGCCCACGCAAGUGCCUGAGGUAGCUAAGGUGCAGGCCAUGUUGGUCGGGCUUAUUGAGCUUUCCAAGAAGUUGGAGGGUGGCCAGACCAAAUUCACGAAGGAAUCCGAGCGAGAUGAACAUGUUGUUGCUGAAGUAGAACUUAAGAUUAAGUCUGGCCAUGAAGUUUCCAAGGACAUAAUUGGGGACUUAUCUGCCGUGGAAAAGAAGUGCACUGAAAUGGAGGCACGGGAAGCAGAACUGAAGGCCCAGCUUGAAGAGGUUACUGCUACUUUGCACAAGCUUAAAUUGAAAAUGGAACAACGCCGGCAAGCACAUGAAGCCUAUCAAUCUGAACAGAAGAAGUUGCUGAAGAGUCUACAGGAUACCAAUGCUGGCAAACGUACAAGGCUUGCUGAAUUUAAACAAAACACAACAGAUUUAAAGACCGAAGCAAGUCAGCUGUUGAACAACCUGUAGAACUGGCGAGCUCCUUGAGAGCGCGUCGACUUCAUUUAGUUUUUUUUGGCCAUUUCAAUCCAUCAUUCCGCUUUGAACCAUUUAAUUUCAGUCUUCAGUUUCAAUUCAGAUGUAUCAGUACUUUGUUUAUUCACGUGGGAACUCCAAAUUUUAUGCAUG